AUGGACUGGGCUUCAUAUAAACUGUUAGCACUGUGUGGUUUGACUAACCUAGAGGAGCUGUACCUGGGUGGUAACCAGCUAUCUGACAUACCAGCGGAUAUCAGCAGGUUGAAGGUGCUCAGAAUAUUCUGGCUCAAUAUCAAUGCCUUCACUACAUUCCCAGUAGCACUGUGUGGUUUGACUAACCUAGAGGAGCUGUACCUGGAUGAAAACCAGCUAUCUGACAUACCAGUGGAUAUCAGCAGGUUAAAGGUACUCAGAAUAUUCAACCUCUCUAGAAAUGCCUUCACUACAUUCCCCACAGCACUGUGUGGUUUGACUAACCUAGAGAAGCUGAACCUGGAUAUCAACCAGCUAUCUGACAUACCAGUGGAUAUUAUCAGGCUAACAAAACUUGAGUCACUUCACCUGGUAGGCAAGAACAUCACUCACCUGCCACCUCAAAUGAAGAAUAUGGAAAGCCUUAGACAACUAGAUGUUUAUGGUAAUCCUCUGGUACAACCACCUAAAAAUACUGCCAAGAGGGGACUAGAUGCCAUCAAAAGGUACUUUGAGGCAUUAACUGACACCAAGGCAAUGCAGUCAAGUAGAAUACAGGUCAAUCUACUUGGUGAAACAGAAGCAGGGAAAACUAGCAUUUCACGUACAUUGCAACUUGGGCAGCCAACAUUCACAGAGGCAGCAGACAGGACAAGAGUGGUAGAACAAGGAACAUGGAAGACUGACCAAGAUAUUAACUUCAAUAUCAAUGACUUUGGUGGACAUGAUGUCUACAAAAUUGGACAUCCCAUUUUUAUCUCCAAAUGUGGCUUGGUUUUCAUCACUUUUGAUCUGUCUACAUACAACACAGAAAAUGAAGCUCAUUACAAGCUCCACAUUGGGCACUGGAUUGACAAGGUGCAAGCACAGAUGCCAGGUAUAAAGAUGGCAGUAGUGGGAACUCAUUUAGAUCAAGAUAAAGCCUCCAGUGCAAAAUGUUCUAUAAUAAAAAGCAAACUGAAAGAUCACAGGCAAAGGAAAGAAGAAUGGUAUGAGUCUCAAAUAAAGAGCAUUGAGAAGAAAAUUCUGAACACAGAUAGAACCCAGACAUCCAUCCUUCAAGCCUAUGAAGAUAAGAAGAGUAAACUGAAGUCCUUACAACGCCAAGUCAUAGACAUCCAUGAUGACAUUUUUGGGGUGAGUUCCGUGACCAUGGAGGGAAUUGAGGAACUACAACACUUCCUUGUUACUGUUGCAAGAGAGCGUGCUGUAAUUUUACCAGAAAUGUGGGUUGAUGCUGCCACCAUGGUUUGCACCAAGAAAUAUGAAGGCUCUGAAAAUACACUUGGCUGGGACAUGUUACAAAACCUCAUUCUGCAGUCUGCUCCAACACUCUGGAAAGAGAGAAAUUAUUCUAAUGAAGACCUCGAUUUGGCAACAUGUGACAUUUUAAGUUUUCUUGCUGACCGUGGUGACAUCAUUUGGUUCGAUUCAAGCCCUACUCUGAAGAGAGUUGUGUUUCACAGGCAAGAAGUUCUUGCAAAUGUUCUCAAAGCAGUGCUCAAUCAUGAGAGUGAUGCUGUUCUGUCCAAACUCCAACAGUCCAUGAGUAUAUCAGAACCUAAAGCAAAGAAAAUCCAUGAUGACAUCUUCAGCAGAGGCAUCAUUUCCAGAGAAGCACUGGACUGCUUAUGUGAGCCUUUCAGAUUAUCAACCACUGAAGCUGAUGUCAUGGUAGAACUGAUGCAGAAACUGGAGCUGUGUUAUCAAGUCCAGGAAGAUGAAUCCCUUUCAUCCAACACCUCAUUCCACUUUCCAUGGCUCCUCACUGAAGAAAGGCAACCUGAGCUAGACACAAAAUGGCCCAGCAAAGUGCCCCCAGACACCACUCAACUGACCCUGCAGAUUCUCUUUCCAUACAAAUGUCCAGAUGGCUUAUAUGAGAAAUUUUCUGUUCGCCAGCACAAGCAUCUCGGACUCAUGAAGACCAUACGAAUGGACUGGAAGGAUGGCGUGUAUGCAGAACUAAAAGGAUGCAAACUGCAGCUGACACGGGGGACACACCAGUCAAAUCCUGAUGUAGUCAUCCAAGUCCAAGACUGGUUUAUUAGCAUUGCUGUCCGUGGAUCAAAUCUCUCAGAUAUGUGGGGUGUUUUCAGACAAGGUCACGAUGACCUCAUGAACAUCAUUAAAGAGGACUGGCCUGGGCUGUCAUAUGACAAAUAUCUGGUGUGUCCCCACUGUGUGAGUGAGGACUGUGAGCACCCAACACUCUUCCCUGGAGAGAUACUUGACCUAACUCUGGGGACAGCUUCCAAACCAAGACAGGGGAGAUGUGUCAACACUGGUGUCUCCAUUCCUGCAGACCUUGUCUACCCACCACACCUGGUCAUGAGCUGGCAGGAAGUUCUGAAUAAAGAAAAAACAAGCCUUUGUGAAAAAAUCACAGAACCCUGUCUCCUGGACAUGUUAAAUGAGUUCCUCCAAGAAGGCAUCAUCACCCUUCGUGAAGCUGAAAUGGUUAGAGCAGAGCCUCCUCAACACCAUGACCAAACCUCAGCUACCAGAGUGGUAUGUCCAGAAAAAACUGCUGUCUUCCUGGACAUUUUAACCAGGAAACCUGUCAGGGCACAUAAUACUCUGUGUCUAUGUCUUCAGGAACAAGGACAUACUGAUCUUCUUAGAUUGAUCCAGUAAGGGAACUUUCCUAGACUGAUAAUCAAACUUUCCUAAAUAUUCACAGAAUGAAAGGGGACAGGGCAUUUAAUUUAUCAAUGGAAUACCUCAAGUAAUAUGGACAAAGUGUGCUUGUUUCCCUCUUUAAAUAUAGGAAA